AUGUCUGAGGUUAACGAAGUUGCUGAGGUUUUGCAAAAAACAUAUCUCGAUGAGGUCACUGGUGAACAAAUUUCCAAGACCGAGUUGAAGAAGAGACAAAAGCUUAGAGCUCUGGAGGCCAAGAAGGCCGAGAAGGCUGCCAAAGCCGCUGCCACUGCUCCAAAGGUGAAUAAGAAUGCGGACGAUUUGGCCGAUCUCAAUCCCAACCAGUACUUUGAGAUUCGUUCAAGACAAAUCGACGAGCUCAGAAAGCCCCACACGGAAACCAAUCCAUACCCCCACAAGUUCUCCGAGACUAUGAGACUGGAUGUGUUCCAAAAGGAGUAUGCUCAUCUUAAGAAGGGCGAAACUCUGACCGACAUCACUGUUGCUGUUGCGGGAAGAGUCAUGGUCAAGCGUGAUGUUGGUUCUAAGUUGAAGUUCUACAGUGUUCAAGGAGAGGGUGUUUCUGUCCAGAUCAUGGCCCAGGCUCAGGAUGCCGAAGGAGACUACCAGCAAAUGAACGACCGUAUUAGAAGAGGAGACAUUAUUGGUGUUGUGGGAUACCCAGGAAGAACCAACCCAGCCAAAGGUGGUGAGGGUGAGGUCUCCGUGUUCGCCAAGACCGUCAAAUUGCUGACUCCAUGUUUGCACAUGUUGCCUACCGAGCACUACGGUUUCAAGGACCAGGAAGCUAGAUACAGAAAGAGGUACCUGGACCUGAUCAUGAACAAGUCAGUUAGAGACAAGUUUAUUGUGAGAUCUAAGAUUAUCACCUACUUGAGAAGGUUUUUCGACUCCAGAGACUUCAUUGAGGUUGAGACUCCAAUGAUGAACGUGAUUGCUGGUGGUGCCACUGCCAAGCCAUUUAUCACGCACCACAACGAUCUCAACAUGGACAUGUACAUGCGUAUUGCUCCAGAGCUGUUCCUGAAGGAGCUGGUUGUCGGUGGUAUGAACAGAGUGUACGAGAUCGGCAGACAGUUCAGAAACGAGGGUAUUGACAUGACCCACAACCCUGAGUUCACCACGUGUGAGUUUUACCAGGCCUAUGCAGAUGUCUACGAUUUGAUGGACAUGACUGAGCUUCUGUUCAGUGAAAUGGUGAAGGAGAUCACCGGUGAUUACAAGGUUACCUACCACCCAGACGGCCCUGAGGGCAAAGCUUUGACUCUGGACUUCUCCAGACCUUGGAAGAGAAUCAACAUGAUCGAAGAGCUCGAGAAGGUUUUCGACGUCAAGUUCCCUGCUGGAGACCAACUUCACACCGCAGAGACUGGUGAGUUCUUGAAGAAGAUCCUCAUCAAGCACAAGCUCGACUGCCCUCCACCUCUCACCAACGCGAGAAUGUUGGACAAGCUGAUUGGAGAACUCGAGGAUACCUGCUUCAACCCUACCUUCAUCUUUGGCCAUCCACAGAUGAUGUCCCCAUUGGCCAAGUACGACCGUGACGUCCCAGGUUUGUGUGAGAGAUUCGAGGUGUUUGUUGCUACCAAGGAGAUCUGUAACGCUUACACCGAGUUGAACGACCCAUUUGACCAGAGGGCCAGAUUCGAAGAGCAGGCCAGACAGAAAGACCAAGGUGACGACGAAGCCCAAUUGGUGGACGAGACCUUCUGCAAUGCAUUGGAGUAUGGUCUACCUCCAACUGGAGGAUGGGGAUGUGGUAUCGACAGAUUGGCCAUGUUCUUGACAGACUCCAACACCAUCAGAGAGGUUUUGCUCUUCCCAACGUUGAAGCCAGAUGGUUUGGUCAAGGGAACCGAAAAAGCCAAUUAG